UUGAUGAGCAGACAUUUUCAUUUGAGUUUGCUGGAGGAAUUACCAUCAUUAUUGCAGACUUUAUUGAUCUUAAAAUGAAGAGAGUGAUUGCAACGCUAUUCUUCUUGUUCUUAGCUCCGAAGGCAUUGUACACCUUCAAUAUUGAUACCAAAUUAAAGGUGCUCUUUCAAAACAAAAGUCAUGUACUGUUUGGACAGAAAGUUGUUCAAUACAAUCGUAGUGAAAGCAGUGGGAUAUUGGUCAGCUCUCCUCUAUAUACCAAUGACGGCAGACAUUAUGGGAGAAUAGAGAAAUGUGAUCUGAAAAGAAAACUAUGUGAAUCUAUCAAACUCCCAGAGGCUAAGAAAUCACACAGCAGACCUGGCUUCACUAUGGCUACCAACCUAUUUCGUUCACAAUUCUUGCUCUGUCGGCAACAAUGGAAAUGGCCUCAAAAGAAUACGGAAGAUUUGAAUGGAAUUUGCACAGUCCUCUCUUCAGGACUUAAAGAAAACUAUACUUUUGAAGCUUCCUCAUUAGGGAUAGCCAAGCCAUACAACAGCAACAACAACAACAACAACAACAACAACAACAUUGAGAGUGAAGAGGAAGAUGAUGAAUUCCCAGGCACAGAGAUUGCGAUUGUUCUGGAUGGAUCGGGAAGCAUUGAACCAAAUGAUUUUCAAAUAGCAAAAGACUUUAUUAUAAACAUAACAAGAAAUAUUUGGAAAAGAUGCAUUGAGUGUGAAUUUGCAUUGGUUCAGUAUGGUGAAGAAAUUAAAACUAUAUUUGAUCUGAAGGACAGUCAAGAAUUGAGUUCAGGAAUUUUCUCAAUUGUGAGAAAUAUGUCUCAGUUGGGUAAAGUCACAAAGACAGCUUCUGCAAUACAGCAUGUUCUAGACAAUAUCUUCAAUGAAACACAAGGCUCCAACAAAAAUGCCAAACAGUUUAUCAUUGUGGUAACAGACGGGGAUAUAUUCAAGGAUGAGAUGAACCUAUCUGAUGUAAUCAACUCGACUAAGAUUGCGAAAGUGACACGGAUUGCUGUUGGGGUUGGUGAAAGCUUUAACAAGAAAAAGGCAUUGGAUGAGCUGAAGCUAAUUGCGUCUGAUCCAGAUAAUAAACAUCUUUUCCAAGUGCGUGACUAUUCUGCUUUAGAUGGUCUACUGGCAGAUCUAGAGGAAAAUAUAGUUGGAAUUGAAGGUACCCAAGGUGCAAACGUAAGUGCCUUUCAUAUGGAACUGGCACAAAUUGGAUUCAGUGCAGAUUACUCCAGUGAUGGCAAUAUUUUGCUUGGUGCUGUGGGAGCAUAUGAUUGGACUGGAGGAAUAAUGAUGUACAACAAAGAUAAAGGAACAGAGCAGUUUCUAAAUGAAUCCAAAGGAACACUUUCAGCUGCUUACGGUUACCUUGGGUACAGUGUAACUGGAGUAAAAGGAAUAAAUGGGCAACACCUUUACAUUGCUGGGGCUCCUCGGCAUAGCCAGACAGGUCAAGUCGUAGUGUUUGAAGCUGGAACACCAAUCAAAAUAAAGCAACAUAUUUCAGGAAAACAGUUGGGAUCAUACUUUGGCUCAGAGUUGUGUCCCUUCGACAUAAAUGGGGAUCUUGUAACAGAUUUUCUGCUUGUUGGUGCUCCGUUCUUUCAUGUGCGUGGAGAAGAAGGCAUCGUUUAUGUAUACCAUCUGAAUGAAAAGGGUUUCUUUGAUGGUGAGAUGUGUUUGACAGGAGAAGUCGGUGUUUCCAAUGCCAGAUUUGGGUUUGCCAUCGCAAACAUCGGUGACAUUAACAAGGAUGGAUACAAUGAUGUAGCUAUUGGAGCUCCACUGGAGGAAGAUCAUUGUGGCAGCAUCUAUAUCUUUAAUGGGAAAAGGGAUGGCAUCCACAAAACUUAUUCUCAGCGAAUAAAAGGGAAGGAUGUGAUGAUUGGUCUGCAAUACUUUGGGCAAUCAAUAGAUGGCACAUCAGAUGUGGAUGCAGAUGGGCUACUUGAUAUAACAGUCAGUGCAAGGGACAAUGUUGUGGUGCUCAGCUCAAGACCAGUUAUCAACAUCAAAGUGAAUGUCACAUUUUCUCCAGAGAUGGUGCCUCUGUCGUUUGCAAACUCCUAUGAGCAGGAAAAAACUAUUCAAGUUUCUGUGUGUUUUACUGCUGAAUCAAAGUUUGGAUCAUUAGAUUUGAAGCAUUCUUUUGUGAAUUAUACCAUCAACCUGGACACAAAACAAAAAACCAAAAGGGUGCUGUUUACAAAAAGUGAUGAAACUCCUGGCACCCUGUCUGAUUCUGUGAGGAUUUCAACAGCAGACUGUAGAAACUAUUCAAUCACUGUGCAGCUUUGUACAAUUGAUUGCGUCUCUGCAAUUGAUAUAGAAGUGAACUAUAAGCUGCACAACAUUGAAGAGAAUGCUCAACUACCCUUGCCAGUUCUUGACAAAUUUACCAAUCCUUCAACAUCUUUUCAGCUCCAAUUUCAGAAGGACUGUGGUUCUGAUAACAUUUGUGAUGCAAAUCUCACAUUGGACUGCAAUUUUCCACAUAAUUUUAUAUGGAUUGUUGGCAAGACGAAGGAAGUGAGCUUAAAGGUCCUUCUAACUAAUACUGGAGAAGAUUCAUAUCUCACCACUAUGUACCUUUCCUAUCCAACAAGCUUUUACUUCAAGGAGAUCUCAAAGCCUCAGACUUCACGACUCAUUGAUGUCAAGUGUACAGAUCAAGAAACAGUAAGCUCCUUAUCAUUCUUAAAUUGUGAGAUUUCCCACCCAGUCUUCAAGAGGACUUCACAGGCAGAGCUGACUAUUUCUUGGGAUCUUGCAACAGCUCCAUUUAAAGAGAAAUUUGCAGCCAUCAGCGUCAAUGUCAACAACAAAAAUGGAGGUGGAGAUUUUGCUCAAUGGACCCACAAUAUUCCCAUAAGGCAUGGUUUGAAUGUGUUCCUGAAACCACUAAAUCAAGUAACCAAAGUUGACAUCCACAAUGAUGAUGUGAACAGACCUGUAACAUUUCAUUUCCAGGUUACCAUGGAUAACCCCUACAAUGCUUCAGUAACUCUAACAAUAUCAAUCCCAGUUAAAGUAUGGGGUCAAGAAAUUCUCAAACUGCAUCCGGAAAGUUUGAAAGAUUGUGGGAAAAACCAGAACAUCCUAAAACAAAACGUGAUACAGAAAGGAAAAGAUAAAUGGGACUGUGGCUUGGAAGAAUGUGAAUGCCAGUAUUUUGAGUGCAACCUCACAGCCUCAAAACAAGAUAUCAUUGUAACAGCAAACUUAGCAACAAACAAUUUAAAACAGCUCAUAAAGGAGAGGGCUGAUAUUGUGGUCUCAGGAAAUGUCGUAUUUGAUGGAAAAUUAUAUCACGAAACAUCUGAAGCUGAAGACCAAGGUCACAACGUUAAGAUACAUGUGAACGUUGUAAACACUCCAGUCUUUAAUGUUAUCCCACUGGUGGCUGGGAGCUCAGUUGGUGGAAUCCUGCUUCUACUCCUGAUGAUUUUCAUUCUCUACAAAUGUGGCUUUUUCAAUCGAAAUUACAAGAACAAGAUUGGAUUAGAUGAAGAAAUUGAACAGUGAACAACAAAAAUGAGGGAAUAAUUCACUGUAAAGGGUGACUCAUUCAUAGGAAGGAUUUGUUAAGCAGAACAUGUGAUGUAUUUUGUUUUGAUUGAACUUUCUUGCAGUAAUAUAAUGCAUGUAAUUGUUCCAGAUGUGGUUAUAUUUAUAAAUGCACUGACAGCUUUUCAUCAUAGAACAUAGAAUAGAACAUUACAGCACAGUACAGGCCCUUUGGCCCACGAUGUUGUGCCGACCUUUUAGCCUACUCUAAAUCAAUCUUAACCAUUCCCUCCCACAUACCCCUCUAUCUAUUUUUCUAUCAUCUAUAUGCCUAUCUAAGUGUCUCUUAAAUGUCCUUAAUGUACCUGGCUCUACCAGCACCCCUGGCAGCGGUUCCACUCACCCACCACUCUCUGUUUAAAAAACUUACCUCUGAUACCCCCCCCCCCACCCCUCGUGUUAGCCAUUUCUGCCCUGGGAAAAAGUCUCUAGCUGUCUACUCAAUCUAUGCUUCUUAUCAUCUUGUACACCUUUAUCAGGUCACCUCUCAUUCUCCUUCGCUCCAAAGAGAAAAGCCCUAGCUCACUCAACCUAUCCUCAUAAAUCAUGCUCUCCAUUUCAGGUAGUAUCCUGGUAAACCUCCUCUGUAUCCUUUCUAAAGCUUCUACAUCCUUCCUAUAGUGAGGCGACCAGAACUGAACUCAAUAUUCUAAGUGUGGUCUAACCAGGGUUGUAUAGAGCUGCAACAUUACUUCACGGCUCUUCAACUCAAUCCCCUAACUAAUGAAGGCCAACACGCCACAUGCCUUUUUAACAACCCUAUCAGCAUUGAGGGAUCUAUUGACUUGCACCCCUAGAUCCCUGUGUUCCCACACACUGCUAAGAAUCCUGCCAUUAACCCUGUGUUCUGCCUUCAAAUUCAACCUUCCAAAGUGAAUCACUUCACACUUUUCCGAGUUGAACUCCAUGUGCCACUUCCCAGCCCAGCUUUGCAUCCUAUCAAUGUCCCAUUGUAACCUUCGACAACCUUCCACACUAUCCACAACACCACCAACCUUUGUGUCAUCCGCAAACUUACUAUCCCACCCUUCAACAACCUCAUCCAAGUCAUUUAUAAAAAUCACAAAGAGCAGGGGUCCCAGCACAGAUCCCUGUGGAACACCACUGGUCACUGGCCUCCAGGCAGAAUACGCUUCAUCUACAACCACCCUGUCUUCUAUGGGCCAGCCAAUUCUGGAUCCACACAGCCAAGUUUCUCUGGAUUCCAUGCCUCCCAAUCUUCUGAAUGAGCCUAUCAUGGGGAACCAAACACCUUACUGAAGUCCAUGUACACCACAUCCACUUCUCUACCCUCAUCAAUGAGUUUCGUCACAUCCUCAAAGAAUUCAAUCAGGCUCGUGAGGCAUGACCUACCCCUCACAAAGCCAUGCUGACCAUCCCUAAUCAAACUAUGCUUCUCCAAUUGCUGAUAAAUCCUGUCCCUAAGAAUAGAAAUAUAGAAACAUAGAAAAACUACAGCACUAAAGAACUAAAGACUCUUUUCCAAUAAUUUGCCCACCACUGAAGUAAGAUUCACUGGUCUCGCAAAGGGCUCAGAAAUCUCUUCCCUUGCUUCCCGUAGUAUCCUGGGAUAUAUCCCAUCUGCCUCCAGGGACUUGUCUAUCACAAGGGGACAUAAUUUUAAGGUGAUUGGAGGAAGGUAUAAAGGGGAUGUCAGGGGUAAGUCUUUUACACAGAGAAUGGUGAGUGCGUGGAACACUGCCUGCAGAGGUUGUGGGGGCAGAUACGUUAGGGACAUUUAAGAGACUUAGAUAGACACAUGAAUGAUAGAAAAGUAGGGAGCUAUGUGGGAGGGAAGGGUUAGAUAGAUAAAAUGUCGGCACAACAUGGUGGGCUGAAGGGCCUAUACUGUGCUGUAGUGUUCUAUGUUCUAAUGUUUUUCAGAUGUUCCAGCACAUCCUCCUUCUUAACAUCAACAUGUUUCACGCUGUCCUCACAAGUGAAUACUGAAGCAAAGUAUUCAUUAAGGACUUCCCCUAACUCCUCCAACUCCAGGCACAUUUCCUCUAUCCCUAAUCGGUCCUACCUUCACUCUGAUCAUCCUCCUGUUCUUCACCUAUGAGAAGAACGCCUUGGGGUUUUCCUUAAUCCUACUCACCAAGGCCUUCUCAUACCCCCUUCUAGCUCUCCUAAGUCCAUUCUUAAGCUCCUUCCUGACUACCUUGUAAUUCUCUAGGGUCCUGUAUUAUCCUUGCUUCCUGAACCUUAAGUGACCUUCUUUCUUCCUCUUCACUAAAUAUUCCACCUCUCUUGUCAACCGUGGUUACUUCACCCUACCAUCCUUCCCCUGUCUCAAUGGGACAAACCUAUCCAGAACCCCAUGCAAGUGGUCUCUAAACAACCUCCACAUCUCCAAUGUGCAUUUCCCUGAGUACAUCUGCUCCCAAUUUACAUUCCCAAGUUCCUGCCUAAUAGCAUCAUAAUUCCCCCUCCCCCAAUUAGAUACUUUCCCCUACCAUCUGCUACUAUCAUUCUCCAAGGCAAGGGUAAAGGUCAGGGAGUUGUGGUCACCGUCUCCGAAAUGCUCACCCACCCAAAGAUCUGACACCUGACCAGGUGCAUUGCCUCGUACCAGAUCCAGAUGGCCUCUCCUUUAGUUGUCCUUUCUACAUACUGUGUCAGGAAUCCUUCCUGGACACUCCUAACAUUCCACCCCUUCCAAACCUUUUGCACUGAGGAGGUGCCAAUCAAUAUUAGGGAAGUUGAAAUCACCCAUGACAACAAACCUGUGAUUUUUGCACCUAUCCAAAAUCUGCCUCCCGAUCUGUUCCUCAGUGUCUCUGGAAUAGACCCUCCAAUAGCAACAGAUAUGGGAGUUUGUGAAAUGUGCAUUAAAUAGUAUUAUAGAAUUGUUACCAUGAAACUACUGUGGCACAGUGGCACAUCUGGUAGAUCGGGGUUCAAUCCUGACCUCCAAUACUGUCCAUCUGGAGUAUGCAUGUUUUCCCAAUGACCACAUUGCUUUACUCUGAGUGCUCUGGCUUCCUCCCAGAUCCCAAAGACAUGCGUGUUGGUUGGUAAGCUGGCUGCUGUAACAUGCCCGAGCAUGUCGAUGACUGGUAGAAUCUGUGGCGAGAUGAUAUGAAUGUGGGGAGAAUGAACUGGGAUUAGGGUAGGAUUAACCUAAAUGGGUACUUGAUGGUCAGCAUGGCUUGAGGGAUAUGUUUCUGUGCUGUGACCUUAUCAACCGGAUUAUUGAAAAUGCCCAUGAUUUAUGUUCUUUAGGGAAAGAAAUUUAGCAUCCUUACCUGGUCUUGCCUACAUGGACACCAGACACAGAAAUAUGGUUGAUUCAUACUGUGCUCUGCAAUGGCCUAACAAGCCUUAGAUGCAAAUCAGAGCAUCAAAGCAAAAUGGCCCAAAUCAUACUCAAUUCAGUCUGCAACUUGUGUUCACCUGGGUCACCCUUGUCCAUUGGUUGCACUAUAUUUCGUAGCUGCAUUCAUUUCAAAGUCGCUGAGGCUUUGUUGCUGUGGCUGGUCCACAAGUAGCAAUUAUGACUCAGGGACAGAACCGAAGGGCACCUAAGGGUCCCAGACAGUCCUAAUAGCCUCUAAUAGCUUGGGCUGUCAAAGAUCUUUUCAAGUGCCUCUAAAUUUAGGAGCAAUUGAGGUACAUUUAUGUAAUUAAAUAAAUUAUUGAGAAAUAAUUUAAAAUAAAUUGCAGUUAAAAUACAUAGAACAUAGAGCAGUAUAGCUCAGGAACAGGCCCUUCGGCCCAUGGUGUUGUGCUGAACUAAAUAAGUUAGUAAUGAAAUGCCAACUAAACUAGUCCCUUCUGCCUACACAAUGUCCAUAUCCCUCCAUUCUCUGCACAUUCAUGUGGCUAUCUAAGAGCCUUUUAAAUGCCUCUAUCAUAUUUGCCUCCAAUACCAUGGAAUAAGUGCAUUCCAGGCACCCAGCACUCUCUGUGUAAAAAAAACUUGCCCCACACAUCUCCUUUGAACUUACCCUCUCUCACCUUAAAUGCAUGCCCUCUAGUAUCAGGCAUUUCGACCCUGGGAAAAAGAUACUGCGUCUCUACUCUAUUUAUGCCACGCAUAAUCUUAUAAACUUCUAUCAGGUCUCACCUCAGCCUCUGCCACUCCAGAGAAAACAACACAAGUUUUGUCCAGCCUCUCCUUUCAGCACAUCCCUCUAAUCCAUGCAGCAUCCUGUUAAACCUCUUCUGCACCCUCUCCAAAGCCUCUACAUCCUUCCUAUAAUGGGGCGACCAGAAUUGAAUGCAACAGAUACGGCCUAACUAGAGUUUUAUAAAGCUGCAACAAAUUUCCUGACUGUUGAACUCAAUGCCUCAACUAAUAAAGCAAGCACGUAUGCCUUCUGUACCAUCCUAUCAACUUGUGCGGCCAAUUUCAGGGAGCUAUGGACCUGGACUCCACGAUCCCUCUGUACGUCAACGAUGUUAAGUGUCCUGCCAUUAACUUUGUACUUUCCCUUUACAUUUGAUCUACCAAAGUGCAACACCAUCUGCCAUUUCUCCACCCAUAUUUGCAACUGAUCUAUAUCUUGCUGUAUCCUUAGGCAACCUUCUACACUAUCCACAAUCCCACCAAUCUUUGUGUCAUCUGCAAACUUACUAACUCACCCAUCCACAUUUCAUCCAAGUCAUUUAUAUAUAAUCACAAAUAGCAGAGGUCCCAGUAUGGAUCCCUCUGGAACAUCACUAGUCCACUCCCGCAGAACACACCAGGCUCAUUUACCAAUACAAGAUCUGAUACGGCCCUUUCCCUGGUUGAAUUAUCUGCACAUUGUGUCAAGAAACCCUCUUCAAAUGCACCUAACAAAUUCUAUCCCAUCUAAGCCUCUGGCAAUAAGUCCCAGUCAAUAUUGGGGAAAUUAAAGUCACCCACUACAACUACCGUGUUACUUUUGCAAAAGAGUCAUAGAGUGUUACAGCAUGGAAACAGGCCCUUCGGCCCAACUCAUCCAUGCCGACAGUGUUGCCCACCGAGCUAGUCGCAUUUGCCUGCGUUUGGCUCAUAAACCUCUCCUAUCCAUGUAUUUAUCUAGAUGCCUUUUAAACAUUUCUAAUGUGCCUGCCUCGAUCACUAUUUCUGGCAGCUCAUUCCAAAUACGCACCAUCCUUUGCAUGAAGCAGCUGCCCCUGAUGUCCUUUAUAAAUCUCUCACUUCUGAUCUUAAACCUAUGCCCACUUGUUUUUAGCACCUCCUCCCUGGGGAAAAAGACUAUGUGCUUUCACCCUGUCUAUGCCCCUCAUGAUAUUAUAUACUUCAAUCAGGUCACCAAUCUCCUAUGUUCCAGGGAAUAAAGUCCCAGUCGACGCAACCUCUCCUUGUAACUCAGGCUCCCAAGACCAGGCAACAUCCUGGCAUGCAUAAUCUGCCUGCAUAUUUGUUCCUCUAUCUCCCACUGGAUAUUGGAAGGUGAAUAAUAUAACCCCAUCAUAGUGAUCACACCUUUCUUAUUCCUGAGCUCUAUUGCCUCAUUGAAUGACCUCUCCAGAAUGUCCUGAGUGUCACUAUGACAUUCUCCCUGAUCAGUAGUACAACUCCUCCACCUCUUUUACAUCCCUCUCUAUCACAUCUGAAACAUCUGAAUCCUGAAACGUUGAGUUGCCAGCCCUGCCCUUCUCUCAACCAAGUCUCUGUAAUGGCCAUAACAACGUGGUUCUAUGUACUAAUCAAGGCCCUAAAUUCAUCUGCCUUGCGUAUAAUACUCCUUGCAUUGAAGUAAAUACACUUCAACCGAUCAGCCCCACUGUGUUCAUUAACCUGGACCUGCCUUAAAUAUCCUAACAUCUACCUUCCCCUCAAUCCCACCACUUCCUGACUAACUGCUCUGGUUCUCACCUCCCUGCCAUGCUAGUUUAAACCCUCCCGAGUAGCACCAGAAAACCUGUGAGGAUAUUGGUGCCCCUCCAGUUUAGGUGCAACCUGUCCUUCUUGUACAGGUCCCACCUACCCUGGAAGAGAUCCCAAUGGUCCAUGUAUCUGAAGCCUGCUCUCCUGCACCAACACCUUAGCCACGCACUUAACUGUACUAUCUUCCUAUUUCUUGCCUCACUAGCACGUGGCACAGAGGUCCUGCUUUUUAAAUUUCUGCCUGACUCCCUAAAUUCUCUUUGCAGGACCUCAGCUCUCUUCCUGCCUGUGUCAUUAGUACCAAUGUGGAACAUGACCUCUGUUUGCUCAUCUUCCCCUUUCAGGAUGUCCUGUACCCACUCUGAGACAUCCUUGACCCUGGUACCAAGGAGGCAACACACCAUCUUGGAGUCUCAUCUACAGCCACACAAACCCCUGAUUAAAGAGUCCCCUACAACUAUUGCUCACCUAGUCCUUGACCUAUUCUGCUAUAGAAGAGUCAGUCGUCAUGCCACUAAUCUGUCUGCCUUUAAGUUUUCCCUGUAAUGUAGUCAUAGAGUCAUAUGGCACAUGAACAGGCCCAUUGGCCCAACUCAUCCAAGCCAACCAAGUUGCCUCUUUGAGCUCAUCCCAUUUGCCUGCAUUUAGCCCCUAUCCUUAUAAACCUUUCUAAUCCAUGUACCCACCUAAUAUGUGUCUAAAGCCUCAUCUUCUUUCUAUAUACUAUUCAUACUAAUAUAGAGACAACCUGUGUCAAUCACACUUCCCCAUCAGAAUCCUCUGCAGCUGGACAGUGAUAUUCCUCACCGAGACCCCAGGUAUACCAUUCUUGAAUAAUGGCUGUGCUUGGAAAAGCCUCGAACCCAUACACCUCCUCCAGAUGAAUUAUUGAUUCUCCCAUCAAGAUAGUUUUUCUGAUCUGCCUCUUUUCAUACCCUGUCACCACAACUUAUGGAUUACUGUUGAGCCCAGGGAUUUUAUUCUAGCUAUAUUUCCAAGAGCACCUAUCGCACUUAUGGCGGAAUACCAAUUAGAAUACGCCCAAAUAGAUCGGGCUCUGAUGUUCACUGCAGAUGUGGUUUCCCAGAAGUGUCAAAGGAGUAAAUUUUGUGGAAAUUAUCUGUUCUGCAUUGCCUCUAUUUAUCAUACUAUGAACUAAAAGUACUGAAAAAUAAUCAAGUUUUAUUCCUCAAAUAGACAAAAUAAAGCAUCCUUCAAGUACUGCACUGUAUCUG